GUGGCUAUUCUUCAUGCGCCAGCUCUUCAAGGAUUAUGAGAAAGGACAAGGUGCCUUGAAGCAAGACGCCCAGCUGUGUGCCAACCUACCUUGUGAUUUGUUGUCUUUGCCUGGGGGUUGUCUGGGCACUGUUCUGUGAGUGGAAAUAACUGCUGUCUCUGGCUUGUUUACUCCACUGCAGGUGCGACAGUAUGUUGUGCAGGUGAUCUUCUCUGUGACUUUUGCCUUCUCUUGUACCAUGUUUGAACUCAUAAUCUUUGAGAUUUUGGGAGUGCUGAAUAGCAGCUCUCGGUAUUUUCACUGGAAGCUGAACCUCUGUGUUAUUUUGCUCAUCCUGGUCUUCAUGGUGCCUUUCUACAUUGGCUACUUUGUUGUGAGCAAUAUCAGAUUAUUGCACAGACAGAAACUGCUUUUUGCUUGUGUUCUGUGGCUGACAUUCAUGUAUUUCUUCUGGAAGUUGGGGGAUCCGUUUCCUAUACUCAGCCCAAAACACGGAAUCCUGUCUAUAGAACAGCUCAUCAGCCGUGUGGGUGUGAUUGGGGUGACACUCAUGGCUUUGCUGUCAGGAUUUGGGGCUGUCAACUGUCCAUAUACUUAUAUGUCCUACUUUCUCAGGAACGUGACAGAUGCAGAUAUUCUGGCUUUGGAGCGCCGCCUCCUUCAAACUAUGGACAUGAUUGUUAGCAAGAAAAAAAGGAUAGCAGUGGCUCACAGAACAAUGUUCCAAAGAGGAGAAGUGCACAACAAACCCACUGGCUUCUGGGGGAUGAUAAAAAGUGUCACAACAUCUGUUGCAGGCAGUGAAAAUCUGUCCCUUAUUCAGCAAGAAGUGGAUGCCUUAGAAGAGCUGAGUCGGCAGCUUUUUCUGGAAACCGCUGACCUGCAUGCAACAAAGGAGAGAAUUGAGUACUCCAAAACUUUCCAGGGAAAAUACUUUAACUUUUUGGGUUAUUUUUUCUCCAUCUAUUGUGUCUGGAAAAUCUUCAUGGCAACCAUCAAUAUUGUAUUUGACCGUGUUGGGAAGACUGAUCCAGUCACGAGAGGGAUUGAGAUCACUGUGAAUUAUCUGGGAAUCCAGUUUGAUGUCAAGUUCUGGUCUCAGCACAUUUCCUUUAUCCUUGUUGGAAUAAUCAUUGUCACCUCCAUCAGAGGCCUGUUAAUCACACUUACAAAGUUCUUCUAUGCUAUUUCCAGCAGCAAGUCCUCCAAUGUUAUUGUUCUGCUCUUAGCACAGAUAAUGGGUAUGUACUUUGUCUCUUCAGUGCUCCUGAUCCGGAUGAGUAUGCCUCUAGAGUAUCGCACUAUUAUUACAGAAGUCCUGGGAGAGCUCCAGUUCAACUUCUAUCAUCGUUGGUUUGAUGUGAUAUUCCUAGUUAGCGCGCUCUCCAGUAUCCUCUUCCUCUACUUGGCACACAAACAAGCCCCAGAGAAGCACAUGGCCCUCUGAAUAAGGACUGCAGUCAGCCACUGCUCUCUUGUCCUUCCUGCUGGACUGUUGCAACUCCUGUGGGCUGCAAAACUUGUAAAGAGCCAAAACAGUUCAGUGUGUUCCAGCAGUGUGACUGGCUCUUUGAACUCCUACACAUCUUCAGCAAGCUCUGUGGCUCAUUUUGUUUAGGUGCCACAACUUGAAGGAAAGGGAAUGCAAGUGUUGAAUGGGAGGUAGUUUGACAGCAAGGAAUAAGGGCACUCUUUGGUGCAGCAGUACCUUGGGGGAUUGGAGCAUGGAUAAUAGGUUGUCUGAGGUGAAACUUGUACAUUUAGAAGAACAUCUUUAUAGAAGGCACUAAGGAAAUGUGAUUUCCUUUUGAAAAGCAACUCGUAACUGGGGUGGUGAUUCUACAGCUGAAUGAUGGAGUCUGUGGAAUUAAAUAAGCUUUUAUAAUAAUAUCUCUUGAGCAUCACAAUUAUUUCAUGUCAACCCCAAAGGUUUGGCUGGAAGUGAGAUAGAAAAUGGAUUUACUGGCAGGAUUUACUGCCUGGAUGGAGAGAAAGGAAAGAGAAGUUGGAGAGAGAUGUGUGCAUCACUAAUAUCUCUUGUCCUUAUGAGCUGGAGCUCAGCCUUCUGUUGCUGAAUCUCAACUUAUUUCCUCUCCCUGUAUAAAUGGAAUUGAGGCUUUGAAUUACUGUUUGCUAGAGUUCAGUAUAAAGAUCAGAGAUGACAGCUAUUCCUUGUUUACUUGAUAUGCUGUAAAAUCAGUAUUCCCCACAACCUGUGUAUUCUUCUACAGUAGCCUGUAUCCCUUUCUCGACAUAAGUCAAAGCAUAAAAGUAAAUUUUACUCAAGUGACUUGAACUUGUAGCUUCCUAUAGCCACUCUCCUUGGCUUUCUUUGUUUUAAAAUUGUUCUGGAACAUAAAUCAUAGGUGGCAAGGGUAAGACCUGGGAAAAAGAAAUAGCCACUCUCAGUGAUUUAUUUCAACAUUGUCUUUGGUGUACAGCAAGGAGGCAAAGCAUACAGUAGCAGUAUUACAGAGCCAUUUAUGUCGCAUUCAAGACAACGUGGUUGGUUUGGAGUCAGGCAAAGUUGCAUGACUCUGAAUUACAUACACUAUUCUAACUACUGUGAUCCACAACUAUAAGCAGAGGAGAGAGAAUAGUGCUUAAAGGUUUUGAGUUGUGAAUUACGAAGUUAGCGUAACGCUUGGGGAAAAAAAAACCCGAAAACCUCUACAGUGUUAGUAAGGGAAAGGAGUGUAACGCACAUAGUGCAUUGGCUUAUGACAUAUCACAGCAGUUGUACUGCAGUAAAUACAGCACAUAUCAACUCAAUCUCUGUGGUGACUGUUGAGCUUUGAUUAGGAAACUGCCUCUCCUGGGAGACAGGAAAAGAUCAGUUUCUCUAUAUUUAAGAGCUUGUCUUUAAAAGGCUAAAACACUCAUGGCUUUUUGGAACAUGGUUCCUCCCUCCGCUGCAGCAUACUUAAGCAUAUACCUCUAGUCACUUAAGCUUUUACAGAAAGAAGUGACUAACCACCCACUUUAUGAGGCAGAAAGCCAAUGAAGUACAAUUGCGGUGUGUGAAAUGACUACAAAUUACAUCGAAGUAUCUAUUUCAGGCAGUUGCAUUUCAGCAAGAGAUUGUACUCCCUUUCGGGUAUGUCAUUCCUAGAAAUAGUCUCGUUCUGAGACACGUAGUAGCAAAGAACGAUUGAAGUAAAGGGAUUUCAGA